AUGGCACCAAAGAAGGAGGUGAAGAAGCCAGCCGCGGCCGCUGCCCCAGCCGCUGCCCCUGCCCCGGCACCUGCCCCUCCGCCUGCUCCAGCCAAACCCAAAGAAGAAAAAAUUGACCUCUCUGCCAUUAAGAGUACUAGUUGUUUCUUUCUUUCUCCCUUUCUCUCGCCUCUGCAGUCCUUCAGCGCUGACCAGAUUGCGGAAUUCAAGGAGGCGUUUCUCCUGUUUGACAGGACAGGCGAAUGCAAGAUCACCCUAAGCCAGGUUGGUGACGUCCUUCGGGCUCUGGGUACAAACCCCACCAACGCCGAGGUCAAGAAGGUUCUGGGAAACCCCACCAAUGAAGAGUUGAAUGCGAAGAAAAUUGAAUUUGAACAAUUUCUGCCCAUGAUGCAAGCUAUUUCCAACAACAAGGACCAGGGCAGCUAUGAAGAUUUUGUUGAGGGCCUGCGCGUCUUUGACAAGGAAGGGAACGGCACAGUCAUGGGCGCUGAACUCCGUCACGUCCUAGCCACACUGGGUGAAAGAAUGAAAGAGGAAGAAGUGGAAGCCCUGAUGGCAGGUCAAGAAGACUCCAAUGGCUGCAUCAACUAUGAAGCUUUCGUCAAGCACAUCAUGUCUAUCUAAAUGGCAGUCUCAAGAUCAUGCAUUGUUUGGGAAGACUGGCUGGAAACUCAUUUUAAUAACACCCAUGACCAACCGUCCAGAUCUGUUUACCAUCAUUUAGAAAAACAAUGUGGACCGUUCUAGACUGAAGGACUCCCUGAAUUUUUAUAUACGUUAUGUAUCUCUCUGAAUUGUAUUCACACCACACAAACCAAGUGUCUCCUGCUGACAAUCUUACAUCCAAGUACCCCUCUUUAUGUUCCACCAUGGGUCAUGAACAUCCUUAAAAUAAUAAAUCAAUAAAUAAUUUUGGUCAG